AUGGGAAAAGAACCUAACCAGAUCAUAGAGAUGUACCAGCCCAGGGAGACAACAAAGAUUUCGGGCACGGAUCCGAACACGGAGGGAGUCACAAACCAGAACAUGCCCGAGCAAACGGGCGGCAACGUCGACGACCACAAGCUCGCCCCAGCACUACUGGGCCCCGUGACAGACGGUGCCUCCUCCGGCGAUGAUGCCUCCCCCGACGAAACCGACGUCAUGGCCACAUACAGCUGCUUCGCACCAAGCCAGCGCAUUAUCAUCAUCGCCUUUGCCAGCACCAUCGGCAUGCUGAGUCCCCUGAGCUCCAACCUCUACACGCCCGCCAUCCCCGCCGUUGCUCAGGACCUGCGCGUUUCUACCGACGCCAUCAACCUCACCAUAACCUCAUACCUUGUUUUGCAGGGCAUCAGUCCCACGCUCUGGAGCGCCAUCGGCGAGAGCACCGGCCGCCGUCCGUUAUACCUCGUCGCCCUCACAGUUUAUCUCGCCUCAUGCCUCGGCCUCGCUCUAUCCGGGACCUACCCGGCUGUCAUCGCUCUCAGGGCGGUUCAGGCCGUCGGCUCAGCCUCCACGACAGCCAUCGGCGCCAGUCUCAUCGGCGACCUGGUCCACGUCAGCCGCCGUGGGAAGUACAUGGCCAACUACAGUGCCCUCGGCGGCGCCAGCACCGCCCUCGGGCCCGUCGUUGGCGGCCUUUUUGCACAGUAUACCGGCUGGCGCGGCAUGUUCGUCUUCCUCUCAGCGUUUACCGGCUUCCUUCUGAUUUUCACGGCGUUGUUUCUCCCCGAGACGAAGCGCAGCAUCGUCGAUGACGGUUCCGUUCGUGCCCCCCGGUACCUACGCGCUCCCUUGAAAUGGCUCGACGCGCCGAAGAAAACACUGACACCCACAGCCCCCGCAGCUGCCAAAUUCCGAAUAGACUUCGGCGCCCCCGUACGUCUCCUCAUCAAGCCCGAAUGCCUGUGCAUUGUUCUCUUCACGGGAGUUAGCUACACGGUCUGGCAGGUCACCAUGGUCGCCACCGCCACGCUCUACGCCGAGCGAUACGGCCUGGACGAGCGGAGCAUCGGGCUGACGUACAUCUCCAACGGCGUCGGCUCUGUUUGCGGUAGCGUGCUUACGGGGAAGCUGCUGGACCGGGGGUACAAGCGCCAGCUCGAGAGGGAGCAACGGGCGGUGGCAGCCCGGCCGGCAGACGAUGGCUCGCCUCGUCCCGCAAACGAAGUACAGCACAUAGAGCUUGCGCGUAUUAAGCCCGUUAUCAUCCCCACCCUUGUCUAUGUCGCCUCCGUCAUUGCCUUGGGCUGGAUCAUCGAGUCCAACGUCCACAUUUCCGCCUCCAUCAUCGUGGCCUUUUUCGUCGGAGGCCUCAGUACUGUAAUCUUGGCCGUCUUCUCAACCCUCAUCGUCGACAUCUUCCGGGCCCAGAGCUUCAGCGCAACCGCCUCGAUGAACUUGUCGCGCUGCCUGUUGUCCGCCGGAGGAACGGCCGCCAUCGGGCCACUGAUCCGUGCCGUCGGCGUCGGUUGGGCCUUUACGCUGUGUGCUGUUGCCGCUCUAUUGUCGUGUUCAUUUGUCGCGUUGGAGCUGUGGCGGGGGCGAGAUUGGCGCGUGAGGCGGAUGGCCGCGGCGGCUCAGAGGGUGUCUCGCAAAACAACUAUAACCUGA